CUCGCCGCUACCGGUAGGGGCGAGGCCGGAGCUGGCGGCCGCUAAAUGAGGCCGGCGCGGCCGCCCCGGGCCCGGCUGGGGCUGCUCCUGCUGGCGCUGUGCGGGGCGGCCGGGGGCAGCGGGGAGCCGCCGGCAGCAGGUGGAAACUGUAGCUUUCUGCAGGAAAUGGAUGUAAUACAGAAACACGACGAAAACUGUUAUUGCUAUGUGCAAAACAGAACCAUUCACUUACAGUACAUCUGGUCGACUGUGCAGGUAAAAGUUAACAGCAGAGAAAUGUUCAAGUUUGAGCCUAUUCCAGAAAAAAGCAACUGUCGUAAUGCAGAAACUGUUUUUGAGUUUGCUGCAUGUGCUGUCCAGACCUUCUGGAAACCAGAAACAUCCACAGAAACUUUCAUGAGGAUAAAACAAUAUGGAGAGGAUAUUUGUUUCAAAAUACAGCCCCUUGAAACCGAGCCAUAUACUGUGAGUGUCAAACGAGAAAUGCUAGAUGGAAAGCUCUUGUUUUUGUUUGUAGCUGGAAUUUUUCUGUACCAUUUUGCAAACAGCCUUAGCAGGAGCACCACGUUCUUUUACCUUUCUGGAGUAAUACUGGGUGUUCUUGCUCUGCUAGUCUUUGUUCUGUUGACCCUUAAAAGGUUUAUUCCAAGGCAUAGUACCUUCUGGAUCUUAAUGGGUGGCUGCUGGAUGUCCUCUCUCUAUUUUAUUUACUGUUUCAAAGAGAAUAUGCAGUGGUUGUGGUCUGAGCACAGAAACUACUUGCUGGGGUAUCUUCUGGCUGUUGGAAUGACCAGCUUUGCUGCUUCCUAUCAGCACGGGCCGCUUACUACUGAACUGAGCAUAACCUUGUUCACGUGGACACUGCAGUUAACAGCCUUCGUCUUGAUUUACUGUGGUGUCACCAUACCUCAGGUUGCGUAUGCAGUCAUAGCCAUCAGCCUCUGCUCAAAAGGGCUCUGCUACCCCCUUGGCGCCGCUUGCCACAUAGGCAGAAAAAUGAAGAAUCACUUUAAAUCAAAACAGUUAGUGUUUAAAUGGCUUACUGAAGAGGAAUAUCGAGAACAAGGUGAAAGAGAAACUAUCAGAGCUCUGGAGGAGCUACGCUCAUUCUGCAGGAACCCCAACUUUCCAUCCUGGUUGGCUGUAUACAAACUCCAGUCCCCACAUCGGUUUGCAGGUUUUGUCCUGGGAUCUCCACACAUCUCAGCUGCAGAAAUAAGGGCGUAUGAUGCGGAAUACGGCAUCGGGAGCUUCUUCCUGGAAGAGCAGCUCUUUGAGACAAGGACAGAAUCUGAGCAAGAUGAUUCAGCCAAUUCCAUCCAUGAAGAAGAUGAGGAGGAUGAAGAUGAAGUGCAUAAUCAAAUUUCAUUUCCAUAUGCUGCUGAGUUGCUCUGAGCUUUGGGAAAUAUCCCAGAAAAAAACAAAGGAGAGUAGGGAAAGCACAUUCAUCCUAGAGAGGAAGGACUGAGAACUCAUGCUUGGUGAUUUCUUGUGUGGACAAACAAGGGUUUUUGAAAAAACUGUUUCCUGUAUCACUGAUGUUGCCUGACUAGAGCAACAGAAGGAAACCGUAGGGGCUGCUCAAGUGAAGAGGAUUCUCAUACUAUUGGUACUGGGGAAGUAAAGGUUGGUUUUUUCCAAAGCAAGUACUGGCAACAGCCUGUCCCACCAGGAUGCCUUGUUUUUCCAGGGAUACUACCUCUAGAGAACAGAGAAUCUGUUUUAGCCCUUUUAAUUGUCAAGCCCUCUGUGCUGAGCACUAGAGGAGGAGAAGCCAUUAUUAAUACUCUACUUUUAGCAAGAACCCUGUGUGUCAACAAUUUUAAUGAUGCUGUGAGUGUGCUGAUAAAACUGUUUGUGAGACUUUUCAGUGCUGAAGAUCAAUAGAGAGUUAAUACAGUUGAACAAGGUUUAUUUUCUCUUCUGGCUAGGUGUACUGUAUCUUAGCUUCACAUUUGUUUUAAGCUCCUCUUACUCUUCAGAACCUUGCCUGACUUUUCACCCUCUGCUUUGUGUUCUGCUUUUGGGCUCUGCUCUAUUUAUGCUGCACUUUGUUCUUUCUGUAUCUUUGUUUCUUCACAUACUUUUCUUCCCUCUUGUACAGGUCCCUCUGCUGAACUUUUCUUCACCCUCUGCUUCUCCACCUCUGACAACUGCAGAUGAUUUAGGAGAGGAUUUCCAUCCUCAAAUGUAUUUUUAGUCUUGCUUUCAAUGUUGCUGUCACCUUACUUCAGAUGGGUGCUACUGUCCCUUUCAGGCCUCUCAGCAGCCCAGAGAAGGCAAAAAAGGCUGGUAUGUUAAAUGGAAAAGUCACCCCAAACCAGGCCAUUAUAUUUUUAAGACACUGUUCCUUUUCUUUAAAUUAUUUUGAACAAUACGAGGUGCACCUACUCCCACAAAACAAAACAAAAAAAAUCAACCCGCAUUUUGUGUAGUUGGGAAGUCCAUCAUUUGCCAGGGAUGGGUAAAUACUAUCCAAAGUAGAGCAGGUAACUACUCAGUACAUCCAAAGACAGAAGUGCAGCAACACAUGAGAAAGAUGACGACCACUUCAAUGGACAGCUGACACCUUAAAAAUCCUCCCCAACCAGUUCCAACAUCAGAAGCAUUUCAUCAACAAAACCCACCAAAACCAACUCCUGUAAUUUGAGCCCGUUGCCAACACUGCAUUUACUUGCACAGCAUUCCUGUGAUAUACGGAGAGUACAUAGGUUUACCAAAACACAAGUGUCAAGUCCUGUCCAGCCAGAAGAUCUUGGAAAAGAAUCUGGAUGUCAAUCCAUUGCCUUAACCACUAUAAAAGCCUUUCUUCCUUCACAAAGGAUGAGUUACAUUUAUCUUCUGUUUCAUGGGGUUUAAAAAUAAGUUAGAAUUUUGUACUAUUUUUGUAUUCACAGUACAGCAUAUUUGAUAUACUGUCUUGUACUUCCACAGUUUUUUAAAAUAAAAGUAUUUUUCAGCUA